AUGGCCCUGUAGUGGACAAAAAGAUGAGAGACACCCUGAGUGGAGCGGCAAGGCUAUCCCAGAUACAAAUCAGAGAACUAGACAUUGCUCGGUUUUUCCUCCCUUCUUGCCUGGCCUUUCUGGCUGGCAGUGACUAAGGCAUAAAGCUGGGCACCAAUCUUAUAUGAUAUGAUACAGUAUCUUUAAAUAUAAAUAUAUUUAUAUGUUAUGAUAAAAACACUGAGAAUACUAUCUUACGUUCAUUUAAUACUUUACAAAGUACUUUUAUAAACUCUACCUCAUUUUAUCCUCACAAUGACCCUGCUGAAUAGGUAAUGGCUCAGUUGGUUAGAACAGUACUCAGAAGGUUAGGGACAUAGGUCCAAUCCUCCACUGGCCAGGUGGCAGUCUUGUGUCCCACAGUCAAGUCCUCAUCUCUACAAGCCACCCAGGAAAUGUGUACUGUGGGUCACAGGCUGGAACAGAGAGACUGAAACUCAUGCCGCCCUUGGCUCCUAUGACAUCAUCCACUCCUGGUUUCUCUCCUGACUCUUAGCUCAUAUCUUCUUAUGUGCAACCCUUAUGACCACUCUUGAAACGUGACUAUUCCAAGCCCACCAUCUUCUCACCCUACUUGUCUUCCUAAUUUUACCCACUCUUAAGGUUUAAACAUUCAGCUUAAACCGGAUGAAUCCUAAUUUUUUCCCCUAGCCCAGACCAUUGCCUCAAGUUUCAGACUUGUACAUCCAAAUACCUACCACAUGCCUCUCUUGAGCUAUUCCAUGAGAACGCAAACUCAUUACAUCCUAAAUAAAACUCACCAUUUCCCCCCAUUUCAAUUCUUCUUAACUGUAUUCCCUAUGGUACCAUGAUCUACCCAGUGGAAUAAGUCACUGGUAGUCGACUUAAAUUUAACUUCCUAAAUACUUCCCAAAUCUGUUCUGAUGUAUAAAUCUCUAUAGUGCUUCAUUCAGGCCUUCAUCACAUUUUAGGUGAACUACUACAAAAUUCUGUGCACUGACCUCAUGGAGUCCUGUCCCAUCCUCCUUAAAUCACUCUAUACUGCUACUUAAGCACUCCACCUAAGAUGCAAACUAGACCUCGUCAUUCUGGAUAAAAACCUUUAGUGGACUAAAGAAUCAAGUCCAAGCUCUUUUAACAGAGCUUAUAAGGCUUUCCAGAAUGUCCUCCCACAGACAACUGCAUGGUUCCUUCCCUUCCUUCCAGGGAGAUUAGAAUGGACAUCCUGGCCUGCAUCCAGGUCUCCACUCAAGUGUUACUUUAUCGGAAAGCCCUUCCCUUGACUAUAUAUCUAAAACAGCAAUACCUCACAUCUUUCAAUACCUCAACCCCCUAACUCCACGGUACUUUUCUUAGGGAUUCUAUUUUUCUUAAGGAUAUGUCAUAAAUAUAUUUCUGUUGCCUUUUAUUAAAAUGCUUAUUCAAAACCUAGACUUCAGAACAAGGUCUGGCACCUAAAAGGUGCUCAAAAACACUGGCUGAAGAAAAGUCUUUAACUCUGCAGCUUCAUCUUCCAUUCCAGUAAACCCUACCUGCUUGUAGUUCCUGCACUGUGCAAUCACCAAGCUGUGUACUAGCUUGGGAAUCACUGUUUAUUCCAUUGCUUUUCCCAAAAUGGAAUUUCCCCCUCUUCUUCAUCUGGCUCCUACGCAUCUCUCAAGACUGAGCUCAGGUGUCACUUCCUUCUGGAGAUCCUCUAAUUCUCUUCUUUGCUCACCAACAUCCAGUACGUAUUUUCACACUGGCAUUUAUUAAGUUCAUAUCCCAAAUUCAUAAUUAUUAAGUUAAACACUUUUUAGUUUCUUUUAAAAUGCCAUAAAAUUAUAUUCAUAUACUUGGGUUUUUUCCUUCAUUGUCCUGUGACCUCCUUGAGGGCAAAGAUUAUGUUUUAUUAAGCUUCAUUCCCUGAGCCUAGUCUAGUAGUAGACAGUACCUACUGAAAUGAAUGUAUUACCAAAAAAUUCACUCUUUCCAACAGAAAAACAAUUCACAUCCUAUGGAAGGUAAAUAAACCACGGACACCAUGUUAUUUCUUACAAAAUCUUUGGGCUCCCGAGCAUAUUGGCAAUAUGGAUACAUUUUUAAAAAUUAACAAUGAUAACUGCUCCCAGAGUGAUUAAAGUCAGCCAAAGACAAAAUGAUUCCAUGUAAUAUGUGCAGAAAUAGGAGUUAAACAUUCUGUAAUUAGGGAAUUCCCUGCCUGUCCAGUGGUUAGGACUCCAUGCUUUCACUGCCCAGGCCCGGGUUUGAUCUCUGGUCAGGGGUACUAAGAUCCCCAAAGUGGCUGGCAUGGUCAAAAAGAAAACAUCCUGUAAUUAUAAAAAUGGAAAACAGAAGAAGAGCAUUAGAGACUGUAUUCAGAUGGCUAUAGACUAACUGAAUGCGUACAGUUAUCAAGAUUAAUCAAAGCAUGGAAUGGACAAAUUGUGGAAGAAGUGGGAUACCUUCUGAAUAAGAACACCUAUGUAAUCCAUCUCUGCAUUCUAUGACUCCCUCCUUCUCCCUCCCCUCCCUUCCUCUUGGCUUGAUUUAGAAACCCAGCUAACUCCAUCACCUCAACUCAGUUCUGGCUCCCUGCAAAGCAGUUGUUCUUGGGCUAAAACCAGAGCAUUACACAGAAGUCUCAUCCCAGGCCUCCAGCCACAGCCACCACACGACUCAUUUCCCCUGGAACUGAGGCUACUUACCUGGGCUCCCCACGGAGGGGGAUGAUGCAGGAGGGGAAUCCCACCUGCUGUGAGUCACCUGCUAGUAUAAAGGGCGGGUCUCACAAUGCAAGGACCUUAAAAAGAGACUGAGACAAGGGGAGAAAAUCUACAGGAAGCAGCUCAGAACCACGGUGAGCAAGAGAGAACCAGACGCACAGAACAGAGAGAAUCAGAUUGAGAGCAAGGGGAAGUGGACAGAGGUUCCACAGGGACUGCAAGGCACGGAGCCAGCCAGAUUGGAGAGGCAGGCAACGAGAUGCUGGGGAACAGAGCUGUGAUGCUGCUGCUGCUGCUACUGCUGCCCUGGACAGCUCAGGGCCGGGCUGUGUCAGAGGACAGCAGCCCUGCUUGGACUCGGGGCCAACAGCUCUCACAGCAACUCUGCAUGCUGGCCUGGAGUGCACACCUACCAAUGGGACAUGUGGAUCUACCAAGAGAAGAAGGAGGUGAUGAGACUACAGAUGAUGUCCCCCGUAUCCAGUGUGAGGAUGGCUGUGAUCCACAAGGACUCAGGGACAACAGUCAGUCCUGCUUGCAAAGAAUUCAUCGAGGCCUGGUUUUUUACGAGAAGCUGCUGGGCUCAGAUAUUUUCACAGGGGAGCCUUCUCUACUCCCAUAUGGCCCUGUGGACCAGCUUCACGCCUCCAUACUGGGCCUCAGGGAACUCUUGCAGCCCAAGGGUCACCACUGGGAAACUGAGCAGACUCCAAGCCCUAUUCCCAGCCAGCCAUGGCAGCGCCUGCUUCUCCGUCUCAAGAUCCUUCGAAGCCUCCAGGCCUUUGUGGCUGUAGCUGCCCGGGUCUUUGCCCACGGAGCAGCAACUCUGAGCCCCUAAAGCCAGUAGCUUAAGGAUGACACCCAGACCUCCGUGGCUCAGUAAUGCUAAGAUCAAUCUAUCAACUAGACACCUGUGAGCCAACAAGUUCAUUGGUCCAUUAAUUUUAAUGAGACUUCUUCUGUUGAAAAAUUACCAAAACUGACUGACUUACAAUGUUGACCUAGGAGAGGCUGAAUAUUUAUUACAUGGGAAGGGAAAUUUUGGGAUUAUUUAUAGUGGCAGGAGCUUGGGGAUGAGGAUUAUUUAUUAUAUUUAUACUGAAUUAUGUACCUUUUUCAAUAAAGACUUAUUUAUGUGGA